CGCACCUCCCAGAUCAGACCCCCCUGGACGCCUCUUUCCCUUCCUCCUUCCCUGCUCGUCCUAAUUGCCGGUAUAGACGUGCAUGAAGCUGCACAAGAAGCACAUCGUCAGAGCUCCACGCUGGACUAUUUCUGACCUGACUUCUUUAUUUUACAAUCUCCUAAAUCUCAUUUUCCUAUCCUCCAAAGUGCACUGCGUGACAAGUCUUAUUCAUCUUUUUUGUGGGAGGAAUUACAAGCCGUGACUUGAGGACUGUGGCGGAUAUUAUUUUUGCUGUCAGACUGAUCUUCUGGCUAUUUUGGACUUCAAUUCCGUGGGAUUUGCACUUGACUGAAUUGACAUUGUGCCGGCAUGGAUUCCUUCAUGGUGGCGGUUCUGGUGCUGUGCUCUCUCACGACCACAGCAUGCGGGGACAAAGGCACCGGCAAAGCCAGGAGUUGUUCGGAUAUACGGCACUUUUAUAGCGGGAAAGGCUUCUCCUUGGACGGCAUUCCUCAGUCCGAAAUAUCCGGAGAGCACCUGCACAUCUGUCCCCAGGGUUACACCUGCUGCUCCAGCGACAUGGAGGACAACCUGGCCCUGCUGAGCCGAGUGGAGAUGGAGGGACUCCUGAAAGAGGCCGGACGGACUUUACAGGUCUCCCUCACAGGACAGUACAAGGCCUUUGAUGGUUAUUUCCUGGAGUUGCUGAACAGCUCGGCCAUCACACUACACGAGACGUUCACCUCCACCUGGGGCUCGUUCUACUCCCAGAAUUCCCAAGUGUUCACCGACCUCUACAAAGACUUGAGGCUCUACUGCCGAGGUUCCAACAUUAACAUAGAAGACGCGCUGAAUGAAUUCUGGAGCAGGCUUUUAGAGAAAAUAUUCUUCCAUGCAAACAGGCAGUAUUCCAUAGGGGAUGACUACCUGGAGUGUGUAUCUAAACAGCUGGAGACACUUCACCCUUUUGGGGAGACGCUGCGUGAUCUCAAGAUGAAGGUCACACGCACGUUUGUGGCCGCCCGUUCCUUUGUUCAAGGACUGGUCAUGAGUGGAGAGGUGGUCCGCAAAGUGUCCCAGGUGCAGCUGAGCCAGGAGUGCAUGCGAGCCAUCAUGAAGAUGACUUACUGUCCCCAUUGCCGAGGUAUGGCCUCAGCCAGACCUUGUGCCAACUACUGCAGCAAUGUCCUGAAGGGCUGUCUGGCCAACCAGGCUGACCUUAACACAGAAUGGCGGCACCUGGCAGAAACGAUGAUGCAAGUGGCCGGCCGCUUCGAUGGACCUUCUGGUGUGGAUGUUGUAGUCCUCUCUCUGCCCUCCCGCAUAUCAGAAGCUAUGCUCACCAUGGUGGACAAUAUCGAGUCUAUCAACAGCAAGUUGUUCCAGGCGUGUGGCAGCCUCCGAGAAAAAACAAGCAGCGGCACAGAAGCGGACGUCUUCCCGAAGAAUGAAAAGACGACAGUGGAGGACAGGUCGGCAAGCAGCGCGAACAAACUCGGCCGUCUGGUCACUGAUGUAACCGUGAGACUGAGGGACAUGCAGCCAUAUUGGAUUUCUCUUCCAAGAAUGCUGUGUAGCGACAGAGUGGCCACCGGUGCAGGCGCUGAAGACAGGUGCUGGAACGGCAUGAAUCGGGCCAGGUACCUUCCCGAGGUCAUCGGUGACGGUUUAGCGAGCCAGAUCAACAACCCUGAAGUGGAGAUCGACAUCACUAAGCCCGACAUGACAAUAAGGCAGCAGAUAAUGCAGCUGAAGAUCAUGACACACCGCCUGAAGAAUGCUCUCAACGGCAACGACGUGGACUUCCAAGAUACCAGUGAUGAUGCCAGUGGUUCUGGAAGCGGCAGUAUUUGCGCCGACGAAGUUUGUUCCCGGGGACCUCGCCUCGUUGUGCCCAUGACGGAGCAAGCCGAGGUGUACUACCCUCCAGAAAACAAGAAGGUGGUGACAAACUCAACCAAUCAGAGCCUGCCCUGCAUGGUCACCUAUCUGCUCUCGCUGCUGGUUUUGCUGCUGCGGCGAUAAUUGGCGGUGUGGAGAGCGCCACCAUGCUUGGACUGAGGUCGGGAGGGACUGGGUUUGGGCUUUGUGAGGGUUCUAAAACGGUGAGGGAGGAGUUGAGAUGUUUGGGUGUUAGUUACUUUGCCAAAACGACACAUUAUACAAAGAACUUGGACGAAUUAAUUUAGUGUUCGGAUGAGAAGAAAUGACAAAAAAGCGCUCUUGUCUUUCAUGUCUCGCUAUAAUACGACACCAUUAGAGCUGAUCAUCUUAUCUUUUUAUGUUUAUGGUGUAAUUGGAAAUCUAACAGGGAGAGGGAGACACUAAAUUCCUCCUUUUAACAGCACUUAGUGAUUUGGUGGUAUUAUUUAUUUGUCAAUGACUGACAAUAGACCCCACAGUGGAUUCAUUAAUCACUCCCCGAUGUUACUAUAGAAGCGCAACCUUAGGCAAGCUAACCUGGCGGCACAGCCUUUUGAUUCAUCAAUCCUCAGCAUCAGCACUUCAAAGGUAAUAAUAGCGAUGAUUCAUUUAAAGUGGGAGCAACCUGAGCCCACUCGUGCUCAAGCCAUGCCUCUUUUCACACUCCCACGGCAAGAGCCAGGUCAGGUCUCAAAUGACAGCAACCUUCUGGGCCCCCUCACCCUGUCGUCACAGCCAAGGCUUUGCAGGUCAGAAUUUUGGCUAUCAGAACAGAAGCAGUAGGGGCAGGAAGACAAAAUGCGCCCAUGCAAAGAGCCAUGGUUACCGUAAUUUGCAUUUUAAUUGCACAGAUGAUGACCCAAACAGUCAGUUCGGUGGAAAUCUAUCGCGAGGGGAUUAUUUUGCCACCUCUUUCCUUUAUUGUCAUGACCUUUAAGCCAUCCAGUGUACGCAUUUUUUAAAGAAAUAUAGUCACUCUCAAGUUGUGGGGAAGAAGCUUGAAUGGUAAAAUGUCAAUAAUGACGGUACAGAAUUGUAAGAAACGCAUUAGAAUGACAUUGUUUGACAAAGAACAGGAUGCAUCAUUGCUUCUGUUGCACACUGGAACAAUCCACUUUAACUUAACAUAAAACAACAGUUUCAGGAAUUGUGUUUGGUAGAUUACUUCUCUUAACAGCAAUCUGUGCCAAAACAUUCAAAAUCACAGGAAAACCUGUUUAUUACCCUGUAAAUGAUGCCCCAUUUGCAAGAAACAUGCAUGGAUGCCUGGUCACACACUGCUGUGGGACGGCAGUCCGCUUCUCAAGCAGGACGUCAGGCAAAAAGGUUGUGGUGGUCGCGCAAACACCAACAUAACACCCAAGCUGACCCCACAAGUGUUUAGUUGGAUGUUUGUUUCAUGCAUGUUUGCCUGGUCACACACUGCUGUGGGGAGGCAGUCCAACAAGGUUGUGGUGGUCACGCUCGCACCAAAAGGCUGUAACACCCAAGCUGAUCCCACAACUGUUUAGUUGGCUGUUUGUUUCCUUUUUAAAUGAUGACUGGUCACACACUGAUGUGGGACGGCAAUACAGGAAAGCAGAACGUCAGCUGUCAAGCUGCCCCCACAAGCCUUCAGUUGCAUUGGUGACAGGCCAUUCCAUUCUUUCAACCACCAAAUUGUGGAGGUAGUCUUUGAUAAACACAAUGCGGUCCUCCUCAUCCCACAGUAGGGGUGUCAUUUAAAAAGGAACUAAACAAAUGAAUUAUUAAAAUUCCCUAUUACAACACCUGAAGAUCCAUAUGAGACAUCAGGAGUUCUGUCAACAAGCACAUUUUAAAAAAAGAAUCGCUGCGUGUGUGUGUGUGUGUGUGUGUGUGUGUGUGUGCUGGUGUGUGCUGGUGUCUGUGUGUGUGUGAGAGUCCCUCCAUUUAAACUUCUGGCUUCCAUCACUUUGUCCGGUGUUGGGGUUCAAUUUUGGCAUUUAGAAAACAAUCACGUCGGAGAUAGAAGCACCACAUGGGGCUGAUUGUUUUAUGUAUUUUUUGUGCAGCCCCUUGAAAUAAAUAAUUAGAAAUCGAAUGUGAGAGUAAGCAUGAAUCCUUCUAAUCAACGACAAGGAGACUCCCAACUGUGCUGGUGACAUUCCAAUUCGAAUACCACUUCUGUCUGUUUACUUGCCGCUUCACAGUGUGAGCGUUUGAUUUCUUUCAUCGUUGCCUCCUUCUCCUUUUUCAAUUCUACUCAAAGCUGUCCCGCUCCCCUCCUUUUUUUUUUUUUUAAUUAAAGAGAACCUGCACUUUUUAUGAGGCCAAUAAGUGGCGUUGUCUGCACAAAGACAUCACAAGACGAGGCGAUCAAUACGCAAGGUCAAUACCCUCUAGAAAAUGACUAUUGAUUAAGAGGAUGAGUAUAUGCAAAUAAGUAUGACUCUGUGAAAAGUCUCCUGUUCAACUACCGUAUUGACCUGGAUAUAAGACCACCCCGCAUAUAAGACGACCCGUUUUGGGGGAAAAUAUUCUUGAAAACAAAAUCAAAAACAAAAAAAAACAUAUUUUCAAUAUCAAAAAAUGAUAUAAUUCUUAGCUGCUGGACAGUUGCCUCAUUGAUGAUCUUAAAAUGAGCAUUCUCCGUCGUUUGCUCACUCGCCCAACCUUUGACGCACCUUUUUCCAUUGGGUCUUUGUGUUGCCAGGUCACAGUUGCAUGUAAGUGACAGGAAGAAAAGCUCUGAUACUCUUGAGGAGAUGUUGUUUGACACCACCUCGUCUGCAUGUAUAAAACUCUAGUCUCCAAUGUUUUUUUCAGAUUGGUUUUCUGAGGAGAAAACGUUAUCUUAUAUUUGGGUCAGUACGGUAUAAACGCAAAACAAUAUGAUGUUCAAUACCAUUUAAACCAACCAAUGAUACACUUGAGUGUGACUCAAUUCUGAGGGACAAUAAACAUCAAAGUGAACUUUUUGGGCUUGUUUUUAUGUACUUUUUGUUGUUCUUAUCAGAAAUCUAUGGUGAGGAGAAAUGUCAGAAAGAGGUUUAAAAAGAACAAUGCAGAUGUCUUGUUUGCUGUUGUAUCUACAAAAAAAAAAAAACAACAACCUUCAAAAUCGUCAAUUAUAUACAUUGUAAGAUUUUCAGAUUGUGUCCCGUUUCUUUCUUUAGCAGGCAAAUGUGCAGCAAUGAUGGAAUUGUGGAGUCUGUCAUCACACAACAUGGAGAAAAAUGUAUCAAACUGUUGCCAUUAUAAAACAUUGAACUGUACGAUGUGUUAAGUAACAUAAUUUUUGAGUGCCGUACAAGUGCAAAAAAAAAAAAAAAUGUUUACCACAUACGCCUGAAACGCAAAGAACAAAUCCUCUCUGAAGCUGUUUCUAAUUGGGUUUACUUGAGCAGGAGCCUAUGAGAGACAAACUUAAUGUUGUUACACAAAUUGCGUCUGUGUCACACAAGAUUGUUUUGGGACUCGGGUGCAGCACCAGCAGCAGUGUGGGUUGUUACCUAAGAGAAGAAGGGGGCACAGGUUAUCUAACAUAAGCUCUUUACUGACGAUGACGCUUCCACGGUUGCAAAUAGUCGCACUGCCAUCUAGCGGACGAUUGACAUUAGUGCCUUUUAGCGGUAAUCCUCGAGGAAAGAACUAUUUCAUUAUUAUCGAGCUAUUUUGGAAAAAGACAUUAGCAGCUCUGAUAGGAAAUGAGUCUUGGAAAAUGAGUGUAAUUUUAACCUCCUUUUUCACACCAUGUAAGAUAUAUGAGCAUUGCUGCACAAUGAUGAAAACAAACAUAACUAUUUAGUAUUCACAAUAAAUAAAUACAAAAAAAUAGAAUAAACAAUUUGACUUUUUUCCCUUUUAACUAUGAAAUGAAAUUAGAAUUAUUUUAGAAACAAUACACAUGUACACAUGCAUAGUUCAUAUUAUUAGGAUGACUGUUAUUAGCAGUAGUACUGUGAUGUGAUGUGUGACUGUGAUGUGUCAAAUGUUUGUGCACUCGUUUUACUGUUAAUGUCUGGGAAGCUGCGUCAAGUCAAACUUUUAAUACUAAGAUGUGAUACUAAUAUUGUUAAUAUUAUAUAAAUAAUCAAAAAUCACCGGCCACAAUGUUAGGUACACCUGUAUUUUCUAAUGAGAAUCAGUGCAAACAUCAAU